AUGAAAAAGAAAUAAACAAAUAAAAUUAUUAAAAAGGCAUUUAUCUUGUUUUUAUUAUCAGCAAUUUUUGGACUGGUAAUCCAUUUUAUUUAAUCUUAUGAAGAUUAAAAUCAAAUUAGUGAUAAAAGUAGUAAAAAGCGCAUAUUAUUAUCAUCUUCUGGGAUUGAAGCAUGUCAAUUUAUUAAUUAUGAUAUUAACGAUGGCUCAGUUAAGACAAAAGGUACUGAUAAUGCUCUUUCUUAUUUAAAAUAGGUAAGGCCUGUAAAUAAAAUGAUUACACCUUUGCAAUCAGGUUCAAAUGAUGAUUGGGACUCAUAUUUAGUUAGUUUAGUCCCUAUGAUUUUACCAUUUUUUUUAGUAAGUGUACUUUGCUUUUUUACUUGGAUAGGUUGUCUCAGCUAAAUAAUUUUUAAAAGCUGCUGCAGAUGCUGCAAAAGAGAUCUGUAUCGUAAUCCUUAUACAAAACGAUCUAUAUUUUGGUAUAUGCUCCUAACAAUUGUUUUUUUAGUUUUAUGCAUUAUGAGUGCUACUGUUAGUAUUAUUUAGCUUGAAUACACAUUCUAAGAUUACUAGUAACUACACUGUUAAGGUUAUUUAUUGUUUGACCAUUUUCUUAACGGAGAUCCAUCGGCUAAAAAUUGGAUUGGCAUAAAUUAAUUAACUAACAAUCUUGUUACAGUGUAAAGUUAAAUUGCUUCUUAAAUUAAAGGUUUUAUACCUUCUAAAUCUCAGGCAAGUGAUGAUUUGAAAUAAAAGCUAUAAAAUGAAAUAAAUACUAUGUUCGAUUCAUUUAAAAAUGUUUAAAUACCUGACCCUUCUAGUGUUGGCAAAAAACUAAAUUUAGAUUCAUAUAUUACACUUGAAGCUCAAGGAUUUAAUAACAUCCAAAGCCUAGUUUUAAACGAUUUUCAGUAAAUAAUAGCUAAAAUAUCAGAUAACUUAAACUCUCUAUAAAGUACUGCAACUAAUCUUGAUAACAACUCUGCACAAAACACAUAAUUUAUAUAAUAAAAAAAAACUUAAAUUGACCAAUUCACAGUCUUAAUGUAAUAAGCUCAAUCACACGUUAGCAGUCAGUUUGAAAAAGGUUAUAAUUUUUUUUUCUGGUACCGAGUAUCUAUGUAUGUCAUUUUAGGAAUUUUGCUAUUUUGCUGUCUUUUUACGUUUAUUAGCUUUAUUAUUAUUUAUGUUAACAAAAUAAAAUGUCUUGAACCAUUUGUUAACUUUGUUUGGUCCUUUACCUCUUUACUAGCUAUCAUAGGUUUUUUUGGCUCUGGAGUUAUUUAUACUUUAACAAUAGUAUUUUAUGAAGCCUCCCUUUCAUUUAAUAGCUUUACAACAGACUAAGCAACAUUUACCUCUAUGCAAUAUUUACUAGAUCCUAGUGCUGCUAAAUACUUGCAAGACUGUGUUUUUGGGAGUAAUACUUCAAUGAUAGAUGUAUUCGGGCUUAGGGAUUACUUAACAUAAGUAAAUAGUAUAACAUUGUAUAUCUAAUAGCUAGACUAGUCCUUCGGAGGAUUAAAAAUCCCUAAUUUAGCUAUCACAAAUUAAAUAUAAGACUGUGCAAAUUACAUUAACAACAUAGGAUCUUUAGUGCCAAACUAAUCUAGUAGCACUCUCUAAUUAUUGAACAAUUGCAUCAACAAAAAUUAAUGUAUAUGCGAUUCUACUUAGCCAACUGACAUAGUUAGCUGCAAGUAAGUACUUUUAAGUGAUACAUUUGUCUUUACAAGUUCUUAGUGCUACGCAGAUGGAGUAAAAAGGUUUAUAUUGAGUUAAGGUCAAGAAAAUUAAAAUUUGAGUACUUAGAAUUGUAUUUUAAUUGCUAUGAAUACACUCGACAAUAACUUAUAAACUACUUAAGUAAACAAUUUAGAUUAUGCAGCUAGAUUAAAAAAUGUUGACUCAAUUGAUCAAAGUCCAUAAUGCUAAAAGCUUAAGUAAUGCUCCCAAUAAAAUUAUAUUUAACAGCUGAUAAAUUAUGCGUCUUAAUCUGGAUAUCAAAUUCAGUAAGUCAAACAAACAUUGAAACUUGUUUAAUCUGAUUUCAUAGAUUUAUAUUAGCAGUAUUAUAAAUUAUUUUAUGUAAACGUUAAAGGCGUAUACACUUAGAAUCUGGAAGCUCAAAUCUUGCUUGUUUCAGAUAGUAAUACAGGCAUGUACUCAAAUCUUUAGUGCACAGCAUUUGGCGAUGAUUUAAAGUAGAUGAAUAGGUUUCUUACUAAUUAAUUCUUGUUUGAUUUAUAUGCUUUAGACUGGUGGACCAUAUCUACAUUUGUAGGGAUGAUAACUGGAUUAACCUUAAUGUAUUUUUCUAUGAGUAGAUUAUAGUAUUGGGCCUACCUUGAUGGAUAGAUAUAGGAAAAACCUAUAAAUACAGAUGAGAAUAAAACAAAUAAACCUCUACUUUAAUAAAGUAAUACUAUUGCUACCCCUAAAAAGCAAGUUUAAGAAAUCUAAAAUACAAGUAUAGUAAACUCCUCUAUGCUCAAAAGCUAUCUAAUAAAUUAAUCUACAUAUAAUAAAAAAUAUUUACCCAAAACAUCAUCAUUUACUAAUUUUCAAUACUAAGAAAGUUUACCUAAUUUUUAAGAUACCUCAAUGCCAUAAAAUAUAACAAUCACAUAAUAAAAUGAGGUAACUAAAGAUAUUGAAAUGGAGUACUAUAAAAAUUGA